AUGAUUGCCUGGGGAAGCGAAAGGUCUCGGAUCGCUUUUCUUCUCUCUUAUAGCAUGUACGCUGCCUGGUGGGCCCCAGGGCUUGUUCGGGAAGGCAAAUCUCAUCAUUACCAUGAUCAAAUCAUGGGAUAUGGGGAUAUUCAGUUUCUCGAAAUUGAUCAUUUGGAAAUCAAAAGUCCCCCGAACUGCUCAGCUCUGGAGACUUGGGGGGCAACUGUUGUACCCACGAUUCGCCAUCUCGAGAAACACGCAAAGGGCCUGCGUCGGAAAUCUUUGGUCCAAUUUAGCCAUACGGUGGAUACUGAUCUCAGAGAGGAGUUAAAAGGGGUUCUGGGGAUUACAAAUUUCGGUGGUACGGGUUCUUAUUUAGGUAUUCCAGAAAGCUUGGGUGGAGCUAAGACGAAAAAACUUUCGUUUGUUCAUGACAGAUUGCAAGCACGGGCAAGUGGGUGGCCGGCUAGACUUUUAUCAAAAGGCGGUAAAGAGGUAAUGAUCAAGUCCAUCGCUAUGGCUAUUUCGACUUUUGUGAUGUGUUUUCGGCUACCAAAGACGGUCACGCAGAAGUUGGUUAGUGCGAUCUCUAAUUUUUGGUGGAGUUCAUCAUGUCAAUCACGAGGGUUACACUGGGUGGCAUGGGAUAAGCUGUGUAACGGUAAGGAUGCUGGAGGUUUGGGUUUCUAG